CUCCUAGUCUCUUGUUAGUCUCCGUCGAGGCAGCAUCCGGACGUAGAGCGGUAGGAUUGCAGCAGCAGCAGGGGGUGAUACUGGGGGGACUAGCCGCAUCAUCCCGUUUGUGAAGAGGAUUCCCGCUUCUCUCCUGGCCCCCCUCCAAUUCAACAGGGACUCGUUCCAUGUGCACGGAUACCAGUGACAGACUGCUUCCUGGCACACCCCCCUCUCCUUGCCCCAUUCCAGGCUAACUUCUCCCUCAGAACUUUGAUCCCUGUCAGCCGAGAGACCCUGGUGACACAGGGGAGGGCAAUCAAGGGUUAACCCUGCGCUUGUAGAUAGUUGCUGGUGUUCAUCUGUGUCCAGUCAUCCUGGGAUUGCACAGGGCAGCAUCUGUGGGGUGUCGGUUAAUGGGUUAAUAAUAAGUCGUCUUGGGUCUGUCCAAUGUCUUGUCAGUGACCCCUAGGCUUGUAGGGGUUAAUGUGGACUGUUUUGUCGUUGAUCCCUGUGUUUGACUACUGCCCCCAGUCUCUGCUUGGUGGAUGGCGUCCCUGUAGUCCAGAUGCUUAAGUUGUGGCUUUGGCUGUGACCAGCAGGAGAUGCCUGGAUUUGGCUCCUCUUUUAUCUCUGCUAUCAGACAGCCGCAUCCAUCUUUGUAGAUGAUAUAGUGUCGCCAGAUUGUGAUCUCGCUGUAACCUGCUGUUUUCUUCAGUAUCUGAUUUAGGGACUUGAGAAUUUUUUUUUUUACUGGAGGAUCUAUGCAGCUACGGUGACAUUUGUCAUUCAUGGUCCCCUGGUUGGGUCUGCGCUGAUGCCAGCUGUGAACCAAUCGGGUAGGGGCAUCAUUUUUAGUGACUGUGUACCUACCUAGGUCCCGCUCCUCACAGAGAUUUUGCUCCUUUUUUAAUCCUGUAGUUUAUUAUUUUUAUACUGUUGGAGUCUUACACUAACUGUUGAGGAGACUUUAGUGCCCAUCUCCCGUAUGCGGCACCAUGUCCAAGACGCUGAAAAAGAAGAAGCACUGGCUGAGCAAAGUGCAGGAAUGCGGGCUAUCCGGCAUGGGGGGAGAUCUGAGUGCCCUCCUGGAGAUCCGUGGGGGUGCUGAGCAUGGAGAGUUCCCUUACCUGGGCCGCCUCAGAGAGGAUGCUGCAAGCUACAUUGCGGGCAAGGUACCCAGCCAAGGGGAUGUACUGUUGGAAGUGAAUGGAACGCCAGUCAGCGGCCUUACGCACCGUGACACCCUGGCAGUGAUAAGGCACUUCAGGGAACCCAUCCGUCUAAAGACCGUCAAACCUGGUAAAGUUAUUAAUAAAGAUCUCCGUCACUAUCUGAGUCUGCAGUUCCAGAAGGGAUCCAUAGACCAUAAGCUACAACAAGUGAUAAGAGAUAACCUCUAUCUAAGAACAAUACCUUGUACAACUCGGUCACCAAGAGAUGGAGAGGUCCCUGGCGUCGAUUAUAAUUUUAUCACUGUGGAUCAAUUUAAAGCCUUAGAAGAUAGCGGGGUGCUGCUGGAGAGUGGAACAUAUGAUGGCAAUUUCUAUGGUACUCCAAAGCCUCCCGCUGAGCCUAGCCCCUUCCAGCCUGAUCCAGUAGAUGGGGUUCUCUUUGAUGGAGACUUUGACACAGAGACUACACGAAAGAGAACCACGUCUGUCAGUAAGAUGCAGCGUACAGAUUCUUCUCUCCCGGAGGAAGAGGAAGAUGAGGAAAGAGAGGCCGUGAAUGGCAGUAGUGGAAGUGCAGAUCAUCGAGACCGACCCGAAUCUACAGAUUGGGGAAAAACUGUCCCCAGCUACAACCAGACAAACAGUAAUAUGGACUUCAGGAAUUACUUAACUCAAGGUGAAAACUUGGAACCCCUUCCGAAGAACUGGGAAAUGGCCUACACAGAUGCAGGAAUGAUUUACUUUAUUGACCACAACACUAAAACUACAACAUGGUUGGAUCCCAGGCUGUGCAAAAAAGCCAAAGCUCCAGAAGACUGCGACGACGGCGAGCUUCCAUAUGGCUGGGAGAAGAUUGAGGACCCACAAUAUGGCACCUACUAUGUUGAUCACAUUAAUCAGAAAACCCAGUUUGAGAAUCCAGUUGUAGAAGCUAAAAGAAGGAAACAGCUUGGACAGCUGAGUUUGCCUCCAUCUCACGGGGCACUAAAUACCGAGUCGGAGGCGUCCCCAUUCACCAGAGAUCCAGCACUGUUAAAGGGAGCGAUACUGCGUACCUCCCUGAAGAAGAGCUCCAUGGGGUUUGGAUUUACCAUCAUUGGAGGAGACCGACCAGAUGAGUUUCUCCAGGUGAAAAAUGUAUUGAAGGAUGGUCCAGCGGCACAAGAUGCCAAAAUAGCACCAGGUGAUGUGAUUGUUGACAUAAAUGGAACGUGUGUCCUUGGUCACACUCAUGCAGAAGUCGUCCAGAUGUUCCAGCUGAUUCCCAUAAACCAGUAUGUGAAUAUGACCCUCUGCCGUGGAUACCCUCUUCCUGAAGACAGUGAUGAUCCUGUAAAUGAUAUGGUUACCAAUGCCCCACCAAUCAUCAAUGGGCAGAUGACAACUCAAGGAGAAAACAUGGGAAGUCAGGACUUGAAAUCGGGAUUGGUUGUUCUGGAUCAAAAUGGAAAACCAGGCCAUGUGUUAGUCAAUGGGCGUUUAAAUGGUCCUUCACUUGAGAUACAGGAUCAAAGGACAUCUAUGGCAUCAACUGUGAACCCACCGCCAGAGCUUGUAACUGUUCCUUUAUUAAAAGGACCUAAGGGUUUUGGAUUUGCUAUUGCUGACAGUGCAAUGGGCCAAAAGGUCAAAAUGAUCUUGGAUAGCCAGUGGUGUCCUGGCCUUCAGAAGGGAGAUGUAAUAAAAGAAAUCUAUCAUCAGAAUGUGCAAAAUCUAACACACAUACAAGUUGUUGAAGUCCUGAAGCAAUUUCCAGUUGGGGCUGAGGUGCCAUUACUCGUGUUAAGAGGAGCUCCCCCGUCACCUAUCAAAGUAGCAAAAGUGAAAACGGAUAAGCAGGAUCUGUCGGGCAGCCUUGAAGCAGUUGGCACAGCUGAACCUUUACCACAGCCAUUGCCCUUUCCACCAAAUCUUGCUCGAUCCAACUCCCCAAAACUUGACCCUUCAGAAGUUUAUAAGAAAUCCAAAAAUAUCUUCGAAGAUAAACCUCCCAAUACUAAGGAUUUGGAUGUAUUUCUCCGUAAGCAGGAAUCUGGCUUUGGAUUCAGGGUCCUUGGAGGGGAUGGACCAGACCAAGCGAUUUACAUUGGAGCCAUUAUUCCUUUAGGAGCUGCUGAGAAAGAUGGCCGCCUCCGUGCUGCUGAUGAACUAAUCUGUAUCGAUGGUGUACCUGUGAAGGGAAAAUCCCACAAGCAGGUCUUAGAUUUAAUGACCACUGCCGCUCGAAAUGGUCAUGUGCUGCUUACAGUGAGAAGGCAGUUAUUCUUCACAGACAAACAGCAAGAAGAGGAGGACGCACAAAACCCUCCUACUAUCCUCAAUGGCUCACCCAGGUUAAACCGAAUUGAAGUGACUAGUGUUCCCAAACCACCCGCAGAGGCUUAUGAUGUCAUCUUACAGCGGAAGGAGAAUGAAGGCUUUGGAUUUGUCAUUUUGACCUCUAAGAAUAAACCGCCACCAGGAGUCAUUCCUCACAAGAUUGGACGGGUAAUAGAAGGAAGCCCUGCUGACCGCUGCAGAAAGCUAAAAGUGGGAGACCGGAUCUCCGCAGUAAACGGCCAGUCCAUUGUGGAGUUGUCACAUGAUAACAUUGUGCAACUCAUAAAAGAUGCUGGGAAUACAGUCGCCCUCACUGUGAUUGCGGAAGAAGAACACAGAGGUCCCCCAUCAGGAUCCAACUCGGCAAGACAGAGUCCGGCUCCACAGCACCGAGCCAUGGGCCAAGCACAACCCAACUAUGGGACACUGGAGAGAAAUACGUUGGACGCAGACAGCAGUAAGGGAGAUCUCUCUGCUCCAUACAGAUUCUUAUGGGCUGAUCAUAAGCCCGACGCUGCGCACACCCUGCCUAGUGGAAGCCGACACUCGCAGAGUGCUGGUUGCUACCCCGUGGAGUUGGAGAGAGGAUCCAGAGGCUUUGGUUUUAGCCUACGUGGUGGUAAAGAAUACAACAUGGGACUUUUCAUUCUCCGCCUUGCAGAAGAUGGGCCUGCGAUCAAAGACGGCCGCAUUCAUGUCGGGGAUCAAAUAGUAGAAAUUAAUGGAGAACCAACCCAAGGCAUCACUCACACACGAGCCAUUGAGCUGAUCCAAGCUGGUGGGACCAAAGUUCUUCUCUUAUUAAGACCUGGAACAGGACUUAUUCCAGAUCACGAAGAUUUGGAAGACAUUCAUCCUCCAUCUAUAAAUGUAACAUAUGAUGACAUCUCUGCAUUUUCAUCAGCUUCAUAUGUGGAUUGCACUCCUGAAGUUUUUCCUUUACCAGCACCUGAUGAGGAUUGUUUUGAAGUUCAGAAAACUGAGAAAAUGGUUGAGCCAAGUGAUAUACAGCAACCAAAGGACACACCUGCGUUGCCUAGUGGCGUAAUUCAAGAAGAUAAGGCAUUAACGCAGGAAAAGCAGUCGUCUCCUGUCCAAGGCAAAGAUCAGCAGAGAGAGAGGUCUUUGAGUCCUAAAAAUCCUAAUAUAAAUAAACUGCUGGAUGCUGAGAAAGAAUUCAGUACAAAAAGAGGACGAUCUGUGAGUCCUAAAAAGAUUGAUAGCAAAAUAUCUAAGGAACAGCCUGAUAGUCUUCAGGGGUCUAAACAGACUGAUUCUAAAAAAACACAAAAAGAAACCAGGGACCGAUCAUUGAGCCCCAGGAAAUCCUAUGCUAAAAACCUAGAAGGCAAUAUUGACUCCACUCACGCAAAAGAUGCUAGAAGACAAAGAGGAAGAUCUGCCAGUCCUAAAAAAGCUUACAAAAAAGAGGAAGGAGAGAAGAGUGGCAUUGGAAGAGCAGAGAAGUUGCAAAAACAAGAGAAUAGGUCUCCAAAACAUAAUACCAACAUUGAAAGUAUAGAUCAGCUUAGAGAUAAAAAAGACAAAACAUCAAUUAGAGAAGACAGCGAAAAACCAUUAAAAAUACAUGAAAGGCCUGGGAGAUCACGGAAAGAUGUAAAGGAUGAGAAACCUAGAAAAGAGGGUGUUGAAAAACAAGAAAGAGAUGAAAGAGGGAGGGUUGACAAAAACAUGAACAUUGACAGGGAGGAGAAGCAUCGGAGAGAGGACAGGGAGGAGAAGCCCCAAAAAGAGGAAAGGGAGAAGCCCCGAAAAGGGGAUAGGGAGGAGAAGCUUCAGAUAGAGGACAGGGAGGAGAAGCAUCGUAGAGAGGACAGGGAAGAGAAGCAUCGUAGAGAGGACAGGGAAGAGAAGCAUCGUAGAGAGGACAGGGAAGAGAAGCAUCGUAGAGAGGACAGGGAGGAGAAGCAUCGUAGAGAGGACAGGGAGGAGAAGCAUCGUAGAGAGGAUAGGGAGAAGAAGCAUCAGAGAGAGGAUAGGGAGAAGAAGCAUUGGAAAGAGGACAGGGAGGAGAGGCAUCGGACAGUGAACAGGGAGGAAAAGCAUCAGAAAAAGGACAGGGAGGAAGGACACAGGAGAGUGGACAGAGAGGAAAAACCCAGGAAACAUGAGAAAUCCAAAAAUGAGAAAAAAGAUGAACAAUUCAUUAGAGAAACCCAUGAAUUAAUUAGUAGCAUAAAGGCAGAUGAUAGGCAUGAAAAGUCCAGACUAGAGGAAAGGUCAAGUUUUGGUGUUACUGACAAAAAAUCUCCACAACACAAAAGUAAAAAUAACGAGGGAACAUCUCCUAGAAAUGUUGCAGAGUCUGAGGGAAAAAAACAGGACCUAGAACAUACUAAAAAUAAAGGACGUGCCUCGACUGUUAAAGAAAUACAAGACUCUAGUUUCACUGCUAAACAAACAGAGAAGAACCAAUAUGGAGACCUAUUUACUCUUUAUGAGCCUCAAACAAAGAAUCUUGCAGCUGAUACUUCAGAGAAAACCAAAGAUGAAGGCGUUACGAAGACAGGAGGGAAAAAAACGCACAUAGCUCCAGGACCAUGGAAAGUGCCCAGUACAAACAAAGCCACAGAUGCCAACACCUUGGAAAUAUAAACGCCAAGCCCAUGUGCUGCCAUCAAGAGCAGCAAAUGCAUUUUAGAACUGAAACUGUAUUUGAAGGUUUUUGUUUUUUUGCUAUGAGUGGUCUUCCACAAGCUUGAGAGCCACAGAAGUCUAUGAAGGUGUCUUGAUGACUUUUUGUACUUUGUGCUGCUAUAAUGAAAGUUGGGGACAGUGUUGUACAGAUCUAGAACAAUAAUUAUUUAACUUUGCCAAUGUGACCAUAACUCCACUACUCGUGCCAAUAUAUCUACCUGCUCAGUUUAUCUCCUCUUACUGUAUGUCUUUGUGAAGUGUAAGCUUAACUCGUUUCCUUCAUAAGCCAAAAAGCCUUGGCUGAAAUAUCCGAUUUAGCAUGUUGCAUGUUUACAGACAGUAACAAAACAGCAUACAGGUUAGUACUGGACAAAAAGGAAAAAACAUGUUCCUAGCAUGACAUUUACAGUAGUUAACUUGGAUAUCUACAGAGGUGUUUGCUUUUUUCUGCUCCACACAUUUGAAGACACCUGACAUGAAGACAUGGAUACGAGUUUAUGUAAAAUAUCAAGUGUGGUGUCUGUUGCCACUAGUUUUCUACUUUUUAAAAAGCGCUUAAAAUGUAUUACUGCAGGUAUGGCAGAUGAAGAGGUAAAUUUUGCACCCAUCUGCCUAGUGGAGUUCUAUGAUAACGUACAUGAUUUACAGAAGGCAGAAGAGAAAUAAUAUAUGGAGUUAACCGAGCAGCAUGUAUUUUAUCGACCUUGGAAAUAAUGAUUUUGUAUAUCUUAAUCAUGAUUGGUGAGGGGAAAAAAAAGCUUUUUUAAGUCUAUGGAAAGCAAAGUGUGACUGGGAUGAAGUGAAUAUGUCUUACAUGGUGCAAUUUCUGAGGACUGAAAUAUUGUAGGGACAUGAGGCAAAUACAUUGUAUUUUUACAUUGCAGCUUAGGCUCUACAGGUGAAAGACCACUAAAAUGCUGUGACUGUUGUCCGUGCAACCACUAAUCACACACACUGUUGUGUUUGCCACCUGACUUCUUUUCCUAAAGGGUGAAUAUUUUGAGAAUGCCAUUUGUAUGCCACAGCAGUAUACUAAGUCAUAAGUACCCGCACA